AUGUCUGCAUUAAAACAGUUUGAGGCGUUGCCCAGACAGUUGAAACAAUUUUUUUACAAGUACCCACCUCAUGUGAAAUAUGCAUCAAAUUCCGUAUCAACCCAUGCUCUAGAGGCUAACCCAUUUAUUGCUAAUAGACAUCCAGUGACACAGACAUACCAUGAUCCUGUUUAUUCGAAGAGACGUAUGAGCGAAAUAUUUAAAUUAGCACAUCGUUAUGGUGUAACAGAAUUUUUACCACCAAUUACAGAUAAAUUAUUCUUUGAAGAGAAAUAUGAAAAGAAGACAUUUAUGAAGGGUGUGUUAUUACCAAAGGGACAUAAGCAUGAAUUAAAUAAAGCCUCUAGACAAAAAGCUAUUUCAGAUGCUUUAUUAGAGGCAGAUAAUACCAUUGCAAAGGUUAGAGGUAAGAAGUUUACUAGACGUUUAGAGAAAAAACAAAAAAAUACAGUCUCAUGGUUUUAA